AUGGUUGCCAAAAUCUACUUUGAUCCGCCUCUGUGGUUGCAGCGACAGUCGUGGGUGCUGGGCAAACUCAGGCAGGAGCGAUCCGAUUCGGUUGUCGAUGUCGGCUGUUCCAACGGUGUUCUGCUGUCCGCUUUGAUGCAACCUGCCUUUCAACUCGAUCAGUUCCCUGUUCAUCGCUUCCCCGCUCUCGCCCUUCCCGAGAAAGCUGCGGGCGAUACCAAACAGGCCGGGGACGAUGCUGCAAGCGAAGCUCUGCUCUCUUCUCGUCACUGGAUCUACAGUCCCAACGACAUCGUUCUUUCCCGUCUUAUCGGUAUCGACGUCGAACGCAAGGUGCUCGACAAUGCUAGAUCGAGCCUGUCGCUUCAUGGCCUAGCUCUCGCCAAGAACCGCCCACGCUGGAAGUCGCUCGACGUUCGCCUCUUCCAUGGCUCGGUCGAGACAGAGAACGAGACGCUUGAUGACUACGAUGCCUUUGUUGCGACCGAGAUAAUCGAGCAUCUCGACGAGGCAGCUCUGCAACGAUUUGCGCCCACCAUCUUUGGCAAGUACCGCCCUCGCAUCGUCCUCGUCACCACCCCCAACUACUGCUUCAAUGACAACUUUGGUCAAGAUCUCACCACCCGUCCUGGCUUCCCCGACCCUACGGGACGUACCGAUCGUGUCUUCCGCCAUGAGGACCACAAGUUCGAAUUCACCCCGGACGAGUUCAAGAAGUGGUGUGAGACCAUUGCAGACGAUUUUGGCUAUCAAGUGCAGGUCCAAGGGAUCGGAUCCGGCAUCUACCGAGUGCCCAAGGAGGAAAUGGUGCCACCUGUGCCUCCUGAGCAAGGUGCCAAGAUCUGGAAGGCUUCUCGUCCUCGCACCACUUCUCAGGCUGACGAGAGGCUUCGCUAUGCAACGCAGGGGGCCUUUUUUGUUCGCCGCUCUGUCAACACGUUGUCACCGGGACGCCUCCAGCAAGUCCAGGAUAACGCCCACAGUGGAUCGUCGCAUCCUUUCUCGGACCGAUUCUUGCAGACACGCUCGGUGCCCAAGCCGCCAGUCGAGACUCGAGUGCACGACAUCUUCGAUGAAGCCAUCAGUCGCGAUGGCGAUGAAAACGAAGAGGACGGCGACGAGCGUGGCAGAUCUGGUCGACGCGCACGCAGUCGACGCACCGAGAACCUUCCUUUCCUCAGCAUCCCUUCGCCGCAAACGCCCAUCCUUUCUACGUUCGCACCCGCACCCGAUCCGAUCGCUGCCACAGCAGUAGCGGCAUCGGCAGUAGGAGCAGGUAGCGCUCCACCUACGCCGUUCACAGGGCACCAACUAGUGUGGAGCCACCGGUACGACUGCUCGCUCCCCUCGUCGCAGUUAGCUUCGACCGGCAAGCGCAAGAUCCAGUCCGCUGUGGCUUUGUCUGCCGACGACAUUCUUAGAAUUGUAGUGGAGAAGCAACGCCAGCUGUAUGUGCAUGCACAAUGGCAUGGCGACGAUGGAGCGUCGUCGGAGGCUGGCAUCGGCAAAGAAGCUGUUGCCAAGCUGUGGGACGUUUGGAGCGACGACGAAGUGCGAGCCGCUUGUGCUGGUCGCAUUGCUGUCUUGCUUGACGCUCUGCGACUCGUCGCUCCGGGUGCCGAAGCCGGGCUGCCCGAGAUGACUGUCGACAGUACAAAGAGAGCCAGUGGGCUGCCCACCAGUGCUGUUGCUGCAGGCGAACGCGAAACCACGACAGUAGGCUCUGAUGGAACCAAGUGGGAGCUCCGUGUCCAGACAGUCCGUCACAACAACGUCUCUGCAAGCGCCACCUCGCCCGGCCACGACUUUGUCGAGUCCGAGCUCUUCCUCGUCUACACGCAUCCCGACGUUGCGCGCUGGCAAGCCUCAAUCGACGAAGCGCGAAAGUGGGUGCCCCGCGAUUUGGCCUCGUCGCGUUGGAUCGGCAGCAGCAACAACGGUGGUGGACCCGCACGUCGAAGCAGCUCGAUGUCCGGCAACGGGGCCAGCCCGGCGCAGGAAGAAGUCAAGCCGCUCAAGGACGCUUCGACUCUCAAUCCGACAUGGGAGUGA